AUCUUAAAAAUUUUGGAUAUUAUUCUGUGCUUCCUUAUGCCACACAAGGAACCACUGGUAUUAUCGCUGGUGUUAUUGGUGAUUACGCAAUUAAUAAAUUGAAUAUUCAUGUAAGAACUAUACGGAGAAGUGCUCAAAUAAUUGGUGCAGUUGGAACAUCAACUUUUCUUUUAUGUACAGCAUAUCUAGCACAAACACCUAUGCAAGGAAUAAUCUUAUUAUCAAUUGGCACAGCAUUAAAUUCAUUUUUUAUUUGUGGUGUACACAUGUCUCAGUUGGAUAUAGCUCCUAGAUACGCUGGCGCAAUUUAUGGAUUGGGAAAUACCUUUGCUGGAAUUCCAGCAGUAUUAGGAGUAGCAUUCACGGGAUGGAUACUAGAUAUUACAAAUAGAAAUUGGAAUAUUGUUUGGAUUUUGGUUACUAUUUUUUAUUCUAUUGGUUCUAUAUUUUUUGUUAGUUGG